AUGAGAAAGACUAAAGCAUAUGAAGAUUUAGGGAUAACAAAUCCACUUGAGUCUUUAGUCGAACGAACAAAUAAUUUUCUUCUUGUUUUAUGGGUUAACAAACAUAUUUCACAAAGUCAAUAUGAAAAAUUAAAGGUCAAUAAAGAUGAGGCUGAAUUAGCCCACCUUUAUUUCUUACCAAAAGCACAUAAACAAGGGACACUAUUAAGACCUAUGGUGUCUGGUCUCAAAUCUCCAACCAUAGCAAUAUCGAAAUGGCUAGAUGGUCUGUUAAGACCUCUUUUCAAUCGAUUAGCAAGCGAUAUAACUAUUGCAAAUGGAGCUCAAUUAAUUAAACAAGUCGAAAAAUGGUCGGCUAAGUAUCUUACACCAGCCACAUCAUUCAUAACAAUGGAUGUUACUGACUUAUGUACAAUGAUUCCACAAGAAGGAGGAAUAACAGCCAUAAAAAUACUAAUAGAAACAUCUGGUUUAAAACAGAUCGAUGGCGUUAAAAAAGAGAUCAUUUUAGCUCUUGCCCGAUUUGUUAUGACCAAUAAUUAUUUCUAUCUAAAUGGAUCAUAUUAUAAACAAAUAAAAGGAGUCGUCGCUAUUCCAAAUUUGGGUUGUCAAGAUACUGAUUGGACCAAUGGAGUAGUAGUGAAUUCAGUAGCUUUGGUCAAACGUGGAUUACUCAUUUACAAUGAUGGAACAUCAUCAGAUGGUUUUAAUCCAAUACAGGGAGUGAGAAAUAAUUUGAAUACCACUAUUCCAGCCUAUUUCUUAUCGUAUAAUCUUGGAAUGCAGUUGGUCAAUGGAGUGGACAAUGCCAGUGUAAUUAUGGGUAUUAAUGUUAGUGACGCAAAUGGUAUUGGAAAUAUUUGUGCUGAUACACAAACAGGAGAUGAAACUAAAACAAUUGUCGUUGGCGCUCAUAGUGAUGGAGUGCCAGCAGGAAGUGGGAUCAAUGAUAAUGGUAGUGGUACUGUUGGUAUUUUGCUUUUAGCUCUUAAUUUAGCUCGUUUAUUUCAAACAUCUUCUUUGCAAUAUUCCACAUAUCAAUAUCGUAUUCGAUUUUGUUGGUGGGGUGCUGAAGAACUUGGUCUUAUUGGUGCUAGAUAUCAUGUUGAACAGGCUCUCUUACCAAGUACUAACAUUGUCGGUGAACGUUUACAAGAUUACCUAGUCAAUUUAAAUUAUGAUAUGUUAGCUGGUCCUAACUAUUGUUUUGGUAUUCAUGAUAGUUCAACAGUUCCAUUGACAACACCAGAAACAGCUCUAAAUGGUACUCGUAGAAUUACGGAUCUUUUUCGUCAAUGGUUUAAUAAACAAAAACUUCCUUGGAGUAAUUCUUCACUUGGAGGCGGAAGUGAUUAUGUUCCAUUUCUCGCUGCAGGUAUAGCAGUCGGUGAAGUUAAUACAGGAGCUGGAGGAAUUAAAUCGGCUAAUGAACGAGAUCAAUAUGCAACAGUAUUAGGAACAGGAAAUGGUGGAAUAGCCAACGCUGCUUAUGAUCCAUGUUAUCAUCAACAAUGUGAUAGAAUUAGAAAUAUCAAUCCAUUUGCAUACGAAAAAGUUGUUAAAUCGGCUGCUCAUGCUAUUGAAUAUCUUGGAAGAUUGAACGAUUUAGAAAAAUGGCUUUAUCCACAAGGUCAACCAAAGAACUUUGAACUAGUCAAUCGAUAUCAGUUAUAUAAUAUUCAUAACGAUCUAGAUCUUAAUUGGGCUUGA